AUGGAAAUCACUAGAGAACUCGGGUUGUUGAAAAUAUUAUUUGAUUCGAAAGAGAAACAAGGCAGGCAGGUGCAGCACACCGUACACGCACAGGACUACGACGAAUGCUUCCAUACUCGAUUGCAUCGCUACAGCAACAAAACAACUCUUCAACGAGCAGGUUCUAAGAAUAUUUUAUAUGCUGAAUUUUUAUUGGCACAAUUUUCAUUGAUAUUUGUCCUUGAUUUGACGGGACAGUCUCAAUAUGAACUUGUGAAAUUGUGCCACACUUCUGUGCAGCUGAGUGAAACCUCAACUUUCAAACAGCGCUUUUCAAAGAACCUCUUGAAUAAAUGCAAUUUACGAUCCACUGUGAAACGUGUUAUUCGUUAUUUGAAAUGA